UUCAGUUUUUUUCAGCUCAGCACAGCUCAUGGUUGCAAGUUUUAGCUCCUGAGCUUUGAGCCAGAAAAAAAGUAUUUUUUUCCCUGGAUUUUCUUGGAUUUUCUUUCUUUCUUUCUUUUCUUUACUUUGUAUUGGAAGUUGCUGCUGCUUUCUACUCAGCCUUUGUUUCUGGAUUUCCAGGUACUGGUCAAAGGGGAGCUCUCUGGUCUUUGGAUUGAGCGUGGGGGGGGCUGUUGUUCUCCCCCCACCCUCCCCUAUCCUGUGGGCGGUGGUGAGGGGCUAGCCGGCUGGCCUUCGCCCCGGUCCCUCCAGAUUCUCUUCGGAAGCUUCUCGGGCUUCUCAAAGAGCCGCGGGAGCCGCACGUGCCAUUUUGGCUUGCCACGGCGUCCCUUUGAUCACCGCUCGUCAGCUGGGAAGCGGAGCAGCGUUUUUUUGCACUUUUCGUUGCCUUGAGACUUGCUGCAGCCCCACCAGCCUGGAUUUGGCUGGUGGAUUCAAAUGGCGGUGACUGAGGAGUGUGUGCCUGGCGCUAGGGCCACGCUACACCCUUGAUUGUAAUGGCGGCCUGUAAGUCGCGGCGGCCUUCGUCCCCGCGCAUUUUGGGCGCAAAUUGGUUCAGGCGGCUUUGAUCCCCUGGCAGCCUUUGGGCACAGCGCUGGUGUAUUUCUACUUGAGAAGCAGAGGAGAGCAUGGAUUUCUGACCAGAGUAUUUUUUAUCUGUGGGUUUGCUUGCCGGCCUGACCUGAUACUGCUUCUAAUCAUCAGAGAGGGCCUUUAUUUAAACUGUGGCAGUUGAACAGCGGCCAUUUUGAGACCCGGGAGACAUUUUGUAUUUCAUUCAAGGCCUGUAUAAUUUUAUUUAUUUAUUUGUUUUUUCUCUCUUUUAUUAUCUAUUUGCAGAGUCUUUGGAUUUUGGUUUCCCUGUGAUUUCCAACUGACUUAAUAUCAUGGGGGAUGCUGACAGGCAACCAUCAUUCUCUGCUGAGGGCUCCUGGUCUCCUCCACCUGACAGUGGCAGGGCUUCUAGGCCACAAACUGCCAGCAUUGCUGCAGCUAAUAAAAUUAAGGCCAAGGCUAGAGCUCGCCCCGGGCGUUCCAAGGCUAAGGAAAAGACAGCUCAGAGGACGCCUUAAAGGCAGAAGAUAGGCGAGAGGAGACGGCACUUCGUCGCGCGCACCAGGCGGAUGCCUGGGCUGUUAGAGCUUCUUCGGCAGCAUUCUCUCUGUCUUGGCGGCGUAUCUCAGGUCUUUUCCCAUCAGAAUUCAAUGUUACCUCGACGAUCUGCUCAUUCAAGGGUCCUCCCAGCGGCGAGCGGAACAGGACUUGGCCACGACAAUACAGGUAUUGAGGGACCAUGGUUUCUCGGUGAAUCUGGCGAAGUGUCAUCUCAUACCUUCUACAAGGUUAGUUCACCUAGGGGCCCUGAUAGACACGCUAGCGGGGCAGGUCUUCUUGUCCCCGGACAGACAGGACAGUAUCAGGGCGCUGAUUCAGUCUCUUCAGGGGUCCCGGACAGUUCAGGUAGCCCAGCUAUCCCAAUUGUUGGGAAAAAUGAUAUCUUGUAUGAACAUAGUUCCCUGGGCCAGGUUCCAUGCGAGACCACUACAGUGGUUCUUGCUCCCCUUUCAGAAGGCAGGAACGAGCUUGUCCAAGGUCAGAGUUCAGGUCCCCCCACGGGUCCUACAAUCCCUGACCUGGUGGACGUCAGGGGCCAUUCAGAAGAGGUGCUUCUUCAGGGAACCCCACAGGGUGAUAGUAACGUCGGAUGCCAGUCUGACAGGCUGGGGGGGCCAUUGCGGGUCUCAGGUGGCCCAGGGCCGCUGGUCCCACCAAUAACUAUCCCAUCAGAUCAAUUGGUUGGAGCUCCGGGCGGCCCGUCUGUCUCUUCCGCAGGUGAGGGGGCAGCAUGUGCUCCUUCUCACAGACAAUACGACGACAAAAGCCCAUAUCAACAGGCAAGGGGGGACUCGUUCCGGGCCUCUGAUGUGAGAGGCGGAGACCCUUUGUCUUUGGGCAGAGACUCACCUUUUGUCCCUGACAGCGGACUACAUCGAAGGGACAGACAACAUAGAAGCCGACUGGCUGAGCUGAGCCAUUGUGGAUCCCUCCGAGUGGAGGCUCCAUCCCAACUUAUUUGCGGAGGUAGUCGACUGGUUCAGUUGCCCGGUAGUGGACCUCUUCGCCUCCCCAGCGAACACACAACUUCCCCUUUUCUUCUCCCGGUUUCCUGCCCCGGGAGCAGCGGGGGUGAACGCUCUGCGGACCCCGUGGCCCAAGGGCCUCCUAUACGCUUUCCCACCCCUACCCCUUAUCCCAGCCGUCAUUCGGAAGUUGAUGCUGGAGGGGGCGGAACUGGUGUUAGUGGCUCCUCAUUGGCCCAGACGGCCUUGGUUCGCCGACAUGGUCGACAUGUUGGUCGCCAAACCCUGGCGGAUUCCCCCGGACAGAGUCACGCUCAGCCAGGGCCCAGUUCAGCAUCCGGACCCGCAGAGACUGCAGUUAGCCGCUUGGAGGUUGGGCGGGGCCUCUUGAGGCGGGAGAACUUUCUGACCAGGGUCAUCAGGACUAUGCAGGCGGCCAGGCGGCCCUCGACUACCCGAAUUUAUGAGGCAACGUGGAACAGGUUUGCUGGGUGGUGUGCCUCCAGACAGUUGAGCCCGACUUCAGCAUCGCUGGUGGAGGUGCUGGAGUUCCUACAGGACGGGUUGGACAUGGGACUUUCCACUAACACUCUACAGCGACAGGUGGCUGCGCUAGGCACUGUCUUGACAUUUAGGAAGUGGGGCUCCCUCGCUAACCAUCCGAGGGUGAAGAUUUUCCUGCGUGGGGCGGCUAAUUUAAAACUGCCGCCUCUUCACCGUUAUCCUACUUGGGACCUUGCCAAGGUUCUUCAGGCUUUAACAAAGGCACCCUUCGAACCUUUGAGGGAGACUAGUCUCCGUCUUCUAUCGUGUAAGGUAGCUUUCCUUGUGGCCGUCACGUCGACCUGACGGAUCUCAGAGUUGGCGGCUUUAUCGGUGCGGAAAGACCUGUGCAUUUUUCACCCCAACAGGGUGGUUCUGCGGCUGGACCCUGCCUUUCUUCCUAAGGUCAACUCCUUGUUCCACCGAGCACAGGAGUUGGUCCUGCCAGACUUCUGCCCUCGGCCUAGGCACGCCUUGGAGCAGACCUGGCAUACUUUGGAUGUGAGGAGGGCCCUCCGUAUUUACAUUUUUAGAACCUCUUCUUUCCAAAAGACGGAGGCACUCUUUGUCUCUUUUCAGCCGUCGACUCUUGGCCACAGGGUGACCUCUUCCAUGGUGGGACGCUGGCUUAGGACGUGCAUCUCAUCUGCAUAUGAGCUUCAGGCUCUCCCGGUGCCUCAGGGGAUAACAGCCCACUCCACCCGCAGUGCUGCCACGACUGCGGCCUGGUCUACGCAGGCAUCAGUGGAAGACAUUUGUAGGGCGGCCACGUGGACUUCUCCCACUCCCUUCAUCCGUCACUAUAGACUUGACUCCUUCGCUUCGGCGGAAGCAGCCUUUGGGAGAAGAGUACUGCAGCGGGUUCAUGAAGAUCCGGGGUCGUCGGCCCAGGACAGCUCCCACCCUUAGGGCUGGCCAGUCUUUGGUAUAUCCCAGCCUGGCACCUCCCAUUUCUACAC